GUGACAUGAGAUAAUGUGGCCGAGGCUCAUCGUGGAAAAUGAAAUUACUUUCUAGGAGGCGAGGGCUUGCGGGAUAUAAGUUCGAGUGUGACUCAAUGCAAAUGUAAAUCGGCAUGUCACGCGGUAAGAUAAAACUCAGCAUCGAUUUAGUGGAGGCAGCUGUAGCGCACCGUCAGUUCUUACAGCUCGUUGAUGACCAUCCAAGUUUAUACUCUAGUCCACUCGUUCAAAACGCAAUCAGAAGGUAUGAGCUUUUCUGGCUGCCUUUGCUCGCUCAAUCCACCACCUCAGAAAUUGCGGCACCACUCGACAUCGCAUGGGUUUGGCACGUGCACAUGCUGUCACCUGUCAAUUAUGAAAGGGACUGCAACGAAAUUGUCUCUAUACUACUAGAUCACAAGAUACUAAGCGGAGAGCAGCGUCACAAAGGGCUUGUUAAGGCCAAAGCUCUAUGGGAAAAGUUGUAUCCUGGCGAACCUUUUGAAGUUGACCUGACGGCCGCUGCUAACAAUGCGCAAGAUUUCAAGUCAAGAAUUGAGUACGACAUCGCAGCUGCUUGCGCUCGACAGAGAGUCUUUUAUUAUCAGGUGUCCUUACCUCACUAUGAAGAUAAGAAAUUUUUGACUGAAGCAAUGGAGAGGUAUAAAUUUCAUCUCAUGCUCAAGCGAGAUAAUCCAGGCACGUUUCUUGUGCCUUGCUAUGACUUUGACCUCAUUUGGCAUGCGCAUCAAGUAAAUCCACUACUGUAUAAAAAGGACACCACGGAAAUACUGGGAAAAGUACUUAAACAUGAUGACUCGGUGAACGACCGACAGCCUGGCUCAAAGCUCAACAUGUCUGAAGAAACAACACGUGAAAAAUGGAAAAACCUGGGCCAAGAAUUUGCAAUGAAUGGAGCCAUGUUCCGCGGAGAGCCUCCACUUGGAACUAACACAUUAACAGGGCCCAUUGACUACACUUGGCUGGCAGCGCUCGAGUACACUGUAGAUUUGACCAAAUUCGAAGUUGAAGGUCUCCCUAAACCAAAAGCCUACACCGUUAAAAUCGAAGUCGUGAAUGGUGAGCGGGUCCUAAAGAAACAGGUUCGCGGGCCAAACGCGACACUUCUGGAAUCCAACCGUGCUUUAUCAACGUUUACAUUUAAAACGAAAAAUAGCAGUAAUCUCAAGGUUCGUAUUUACCAACCAGGAACAUGCUCUUGCUUCACUCAUUCACUGGACGAGUCUGUCCAGUGCCUGUUUGUAAACCAUCUGAUCGGCAAGGUUCCUUACCAAAGUACCGCCAAGUCUGAGCCAGAAACGCGGGAGUUAACUGUAGCUGACAACCUGAAUGUUCGAUUUACUACUGUGGCUCAUCCCCCUAGACUAGAUGGAUACUAUUUUACGGUGAGACCAGAGAGAAAUUUCAGUCCAGUCCAACAUCCUGGUCAGAUACUAAGCUCGCCAACGCUCUUUCUUUCGCCAGCUUCUUUGGCUUCCUCAUCAGUCCCUUGCGAAAUGUCGCUGCAUUGGGUACUGGACAGUGGGCGUCGACAGGCGUUUACCUGCCGAGUGGUGCACUCAGCUUUGCUGAUGUUCUCUUCCGUGGAGGUUAUCAACCAGUCUGGUUGUGUUGUUAGUACGGGACACUUACUAGGAGGGAACAUACUUCCCACCAAGGAACAAGUGAGCAAGCCACAAAAAUGCUGUACUUUGGAUGAGAAUGGUGGAGAGAGAGCAAUGCUUAUAAGAGGAAGUAAAGACUGGGGAGUCUGCAUUGGAAAAUGGGAAGGGUUUGUUAAGGGUGUCCCUGGCGUGCCUGGAAUAAAAGGGCAGCCAAAUAAUCCAGGUGUCAAAGGAACGCCUGGCGUGAGAGGCAAACCUGGACAUUUAGCCAUCAAAUUCUUUUCACUGUCCGGAACAAAAGAGUGGAAAGAGGUUGAAAAACGGGGAGACCAGUUCUGGGUGGCUCUUCGCAAAAAGUUAAAGCUCAGGAUCGACCUGCGCACCGGCUUGAUUUCGUUUCCUUCUGAAGUCCAUCACGUGCCGGAGGUAGUUGCGCUCGGAUUUUCAAUUGCCAUUCUUCAUCUUCUAUGCCAGCCUUACACUCCCGCCGGAAGUGCAGAUUACUCGAAACCAUCAGUUUGUGCUUCACAUCAGGCCGACAAACCAGGAAGAAUUCACAAUGAAGAACUUGCGUUAAUAGUGGCAGCCGGUUACUAUGCCAACACCGUACCGACUAACUCGUACCUAAAGUAUGAAACUGGAGGAGGUGCCUGUGGAGGUUGCGGUGGAUGCGGUGGUUGUGGUGGUUGUGGUGGCUGUGGUGGUUGUGGUGGUUGCGGUAGCUGUGGAGGAUGUGGAGGUUGCGGUGGCUGUGGCGGUGGCUGCGGAGGAUAACUAACUGAGAUGAUGCCAGAAACAUCCAUUGUCACUGACAAUUGAUGAUCUUAGACUAUUAACUCAUAUUUCGGUAAAUUGUGAGAUACAAAGGAACCUCGCAGAAAACACGCAAGGUACCUGUAAGAUGACUUGUAACUUAAAUGCAGUAGUAAGAAACGGCAGAAGUGUGCGUAAUCCAAGGCUUCGUUUGAAAUGAACAGUUACUAAGUUCUUUGUUGUGUCAUAGAAUACGAAAUCCGAUUACCUCCGGAACGUUAGUCUCGGUUUUGUUUUUCGAGUAAGUACGCUCUUCGGUCAUAUUAUAACACGUUUUAUAUCACACUGUAACAUAACAAUAUCUAUAAUAUUUGUCGUAAUGACAUGAAUCAAAAUUCUUUGUAUUCACCCUAAUCAAUCGCAAUCUAGAAUUUAGUCCAUUAAGAGGUAAAAUGAACAAUAUCCACAGAUUGCAACUUAAUAACGGCUUCUGUAAAUCAAAAUUAAGCUGUUUAAUUGUAACGAUGGCGGUUCACGCUGAUGAAGAGCUAAA